AUGAAUCCACCACCAAACCCUACUGUUGUUGUUGCUGCUCAACCUGCUGCUGUGCAAGUAGCACAACAAGCAUAUAUACCCCUUGCUUUACCCUUGCCAGGAGGCAAGCGUGCCCCUGCCAAGUUCAAAGGAAAGUAUCACCAAGUGAAGACAUUCAUUCGCCAAUACGAGAGAUUAUGCUACCUGAAUUUGAUUACAACUGAUCAGGAGAAGUGUGAGAAUAUUACCCUGUAUUGUUCCACAGAUGUUAUUCGGUUCAUUGAGGCUUUGCCAAGCUAUAGGAGUAAUGACUGGGACCAACUGAAAGCAGACCUCAGCAGUUUCUAUGAUGCAGAUCGAGAUGUCAAGCGAUACAAUGUUCGCAAGCUAUUUGCUUUUGCUAAGAAGAAUCGGUCAGGAUCUAUGAGGACCCUAACGGAGUGGAAGAAGUACACUCGGAAAUUUAUGAUCAUAGGAGGAUGGCUAUUAGCCAAGAAUAAGAUAUCUAGCAAUGAUCAUGCUACCUACUUUUGGAAAGGAAUUCCAAAAAUGUUACGUGCCCAGAUUGAAACGCGACUAUUGGUGUCAACACCCCUGAGAGACAUGACAACCCCUUUCUCGGUGGCUGAUGUGUCACAAGCUGCAGAAAAGAUUCUGCAGUGGGAUCGCUUUGACACGGAUCUAGUAUAUUCAGAUACUGAGGACUCUGACAGUGAAGACACGAACAGUUCUUCAGAUUCAGAAUCGGACUCAGAUUCUAGCUCUUAUUCGGAGGAAGAAUACCCUAAAAGAGUGAAAUCUUCAAAGAAAGCAAAGCAUAAGAAGCACUUACCCACCAGUAAGCCUCUUAUACGUAAGACUCGCUUUGAUGAUCUCAGCUCUGACGAGGAAGAAACCCCUAUUAUCAAGACGAGAAGAGCAGUACAGCAGCAAAGGAAGGCUAAGCAAGACACCCAGGAAGUUGAGAACUUGAUUCAACAACUUGGACGGAUGAAGAUAGGGGAUGCUAACUAUAACACCCUAUACUACAAAGCUGUCACUUUAGAUCCAUCAGUUAGGGAUAUUGUUGAAAGUCCCAUGGAAAGAAGGAGAAAAGAACAUUAUAUGGGACUUAGGGACUCAAGAUUUCCUGCAGCCAGAUUCACACCAAGGGAGGGAAACAAUAUGAAUAUCAACAAUAGUACUACUACAGGCAAUAGAUCUACUACCCCUAACUACAGUAACCCCUAUUCUAUGGAAGUAACAUGUUUUGGCUGUGGAGAAAAGGGUCAUGUUGUGUCAAGGUGCUCGGAGAUAGAAAAAUUACUUACUAAUGGAUCCUUGAGGCGGACGGAGCAAGGCAUAUACCUUGUAAUGCCGGAAGGAGUGCCCCUAAGAAAGUGGGGGACAGGAACAUUAGUAAAUGCGUAUGAAAAUUGGAAAAGAUCAGCGAAAACUCACUUUGUUACUUGGAGGGAGGCUCCUGAGAGCGCAAGUGAAUCAGAAGAGAAUCUAGAAAAUUGUUGGGCUUUGGGAAAUGAUAGUCAGGAGGACGGCGAGGAAGAGAUAGUAAGAACUUACCCGGCAGUGCGGACAGAGAAAGAAGGAACCCGUCGGCGGAAUGAAGUUUUCGAUGGUGUAUAUCCUCCGAAGGGACGAGACGCAAGAGCGGAACUAAAAAAAGAGCAACAUCAGCGUUAUGAAUUGAGAAGAGAAAGGCAGUAUGCACCUGUUGCCCGGCAACAACCUAAUAAAACCCCUGUCGCUGCUCCGCCGACGAAAAUUGAGCCGGAAAAAGCUUCAGAACCUCCGGGCAAACCAACAGUACCCAAGGCGCGCGAGUUUAAAGUGCUAGAACCUAGAAAGAUAUAUGAAUCAGUGAACGUUCCUCAUGGGAACACAAGGAAUGAAAAGGAAAACUUACCGGCCAGACCUGGAGAGUUUCCAGGAAGAAUGGAAACAAGAGAAAGGAAAAACGAACCUUGGAAAGUUGGGGCGUAUGAGAAGAGCUCACCGCCUCCAAACAAAGAAGAAAGGGCGCGAUACGAUGCGCAAGAUGACGACGUCGUCAUGGAGGAUGAUGCCCUAAAAGAGGAAAGUUUAGAGAGUUAG